GGCGUAAACAGACGUUGUAUAUCUAGUGACGACUCUCCAAACUGAGGAGACACAAUCGAGCCGUCAUGUUUCUGCAAAAAGUGGGAGUCUAUCUUCAGACAGCAUGCAUGUGCUUGUAUUUGAUCUGUUAUAUCACGUUGCUUCGAAUCGUGCAUCUUAUUUCACCAAGCUUGGCGAAGAAAGCUAUCCUUAAAUCUGAUCAAACGAUCCUCAUGUCCAAGAAUCCCAAAUUCAGGUACGAAGACUGGGGUCCGACCUUUUUGUCGUCAGCUUUCGUCAAAGUCGCCUCACGGCACAUGUGGAUGUCUCUGGGACAAGAGGCGUUUGUAGGGGGAGAGGCCCCCGACUCACCUGUUGUCACCAUGAACAAAGAGAAGAGCAGCAUCUGCCAAUUUCUUAAAGGUCAAAGGCCCCUGGUGCUGAGCUUUGGAAGCUGCACCUGACCACCGUUCAUGUCCAAACUUGCCGAGUUCAAACGGCUUGUACAGGACUUUAGCGACGUGGCCGACUUUCUUGUGGUCUACAUGGAGGAGGCGCAUUCAACUGAUGGUUGGGCCUUCACCAAUAACAUCGACAUCAACAAGCACCAGAGCCUGGAGGACAGGCUGUCUGCAGGACAGCUGGUCAUGAAAGAAGACCCACUCUGUCCAGUGGUGGUGGACGACAUGACCAACAUCACCGCCAUCAAAUAUGGCGCCAUGCCUGACAGGCUUUAUGUGCUGCAUAAGAGGAAAGUUGUCUACAAGGGAAACAUGGGGCCUUGGGGCUACAAACCAGAGGAGGUACGUUCCGUCCUGGAGAAGAUGAAGUAAGGAGGACAGGUCGCUUGUUGGAGAGCUACUAAGUUGUUUAGCUUGCUUUCACAAACACAUUAAUUGCUCUAUAAACACAUAAAACACUUUAGUGACCUCUGAGCUUGAUCUCACCCCCCUCUCUUUGUUUCUACAUGACGGCUACAGAUGAAACCGUUGGACUCUGUAUCCUGAUAAAGCGACACACCAGAGUGUGAGAUCAGGUUUCAGCGAUCACUAAAGGGGUUCUUGAGGGCUUUGCAGUAAUGAUUGUCAGGUGUGUUGUCAUAAUUAAUCUUUUGUCAGAUGAUGUGCCAAAUAAUUUCACCACAAGGGACUGGUUUUUAUAUGAUGAUUGCAGCGUAAACCUCUGGUAGCUGUGAUUUGAAGGCUUUAAAAUUGGCCCUUCUGUGAUUUAUUUGGGAUUUUUUUUUACACUUAACAUUACAACUAGGUUGCUUCUCACACACUAUUGUUGUAUUGUUGCUAUCAGAAUAAAGGCUUUCUAGUUCAACUGGUGGU